UCCUUUUUUUUUUGUUUAGUUACAAGGUGCCAAGAUCGGCUCAUAAUCAAUCGACCAGAGAAAAAAAACGAUAUAAGAUCAUUGUAGAAGGAUGGGCCUUUCGCAUUUCCCGACAGCAUCCGAUGGCGUUCUUCCACUUCUGGUGAUGAACACGGUUGUUUCAGUGUCUCUGUUGAAGAACAUGGUGAGGUCUGUCCUCAACGUGGCGGAAUCCGAGGACGAAGAUUCGAGGGAGGUAGAGGGAGAAAACCCAGAUGAGGAUUCUACGGGUAGAAGGAGAAUCUCGAUAACCCAGUUCAAGUCUCUGUGCGAGAACAGAGGGGAAGGAGAGAGAGGUGGGUGUAGCGGUGACGUCAUCAAUGGCGGAAUCGGCGAAGGGACAGGAGUUGCGGAGUGUUGCGUGUGUCUCUGUGGGUAUAAGGAGGAAGAAGAAAUCAGUGAAUUGGAUUCCUGCAGGCAUUUCUUCCACAGAGCCUGUCUGGACAGAUGGUUGGGCAGCAGACACACGACCUGUCCUCUCUGCAGAUCCAUUCUCUGAUUCUGUAAAUGUUUUUGUUUUUUGGCCACAGAAUCUGUCUUUGCACUUACCCUUUUGGUAUGGGUUUUUUCCCAUUAAUAAAGAUUAUCCCUGAAUUGCACGAGAAUCAGACUAAUACGGUUUUCAAGAAUCCUCUGUAACUCAACGACAGAUUCUUGGACGGUCUACAGAAUCAUUACUGCGUAUAAAGAUUGAAGAACUAUUCUUGUCAAGAACAGAGAUCUGUGUUUGUGUUUGUGCCUGAAUUCAAUUAGAUUACAUGUUUUAA